GCUUUACGCAACAACUGGGGAGUUUGUGUAGCUCGGUUUAAGAGCUCUCUAAAGGUUUACAUUCAUUCAUCUUUCUCAACAAUCGCUUGCUGACAGUAAAGCGAGCUCAGACUCGGAUUAAAUUGAAAUGCGCGGACGAGUUGUUUCGACGGUUGUGCUGGUGCUGCUGUGGUGUUGCGGAAGCGCGCCGGGUGAACGGGGACUGAAGGUGUCCAGGAGAGCACCAAGGACUCGCUCUUGUCUGGACUUACCGGAGGAGAUUUUGGAGCAGAUGUUUGGGAGGCUCUCGGUCGGGGUGCUCAGCGCGUUUCAUCACACCCUGCAGCUCGCGCCUCCAGAGCGCCAGAAUCUGACCUGUCAAUCAGCGUCUCGUCUAGCGCGCGACAGACCACGUACCCCAGUAAACUUCCUCAGCCUCUCGCCGUGGGCGUACAGAAUCUCCCAUGAUCCAGCGAGGUACCCUCGAUAUCUUCCGGAGGCGUAUUGUUUGUGUAAGGGAUGCCUGACCGGGCCAAAUGGGGAGGAAAGUGACCGCUUCCGAAGCACCCCAGUGUAUAUGCCAACCGUCAUACUACGCCGUACUGGCUUGUGUGUCGGGGGUCGCCAUUCCUACACGGAGAGCUACGUGUCCAUCGCCGUGGGCUGUACUUGUGUGCCAUUGUUGGAAAGAGACAGAAAAAGACAGCAGAGCAAGCCAAGUGUGCAAAAAAUCACAUCUAAAAAUUCAGUUUCCAGCACCUUUAGAAAGAAUUAACUGAACUGAUCCAUUUUUAUUUUUUUUCUCUCUUUAAAUUUUUCUUAUUUCUUUCAUUUUUGCUCUCACUAACUGAAAGAAAAAAUAAAGCCAGAACUUGGCAAUGCAGACUAGAAUCUGCAGCUGUGAGGGCGAGCAAAAGGAAAACUUUCAGUGCCAAAAUACAAACAUUUAUUAAUCCAAAGUACUUGGGAAAAGCCAGUCAGCAUCAUGAUGUUAAAUAACUCAGUCCAGCUGUAUGCAAGUAUACAGAAGAUCACUAGAAACACUUCUUUUAAAAGCUAGCAUGAGUGUCAUAACCAUUCAUUGGAUAUCAUUUACAAGAAGACAUAUUAUUCAGCUUGAGUUUGUGUCAGUCCUCUUAUGAUUACUUUAAUAAAAACACUGGUAACACACAA